AAAGAGCCCGACGUAUCGGUAUAGCGUCGAGAUUAGUGUUUGUUUCUUCCAUACCCUCUCUUAUACUAAAAUAAUCGAUAUGGUUUUUGAACUUUCCCUUGCUCCCCAUUAAUGGAUUCUAUGUUUCUUGAUCCUGGAUGAUUAUGCUUCACCAAAUCUUUUCGUGGGAUUUCGGAAUUUUUUAAAUGGUCAGUGCUUUUCACCCAUACGAGUUUCACAUUUUUCUUUCCCUUUAAUGAUCUCAUUUUCGUGUAUACUAGAAAAUGCCAUUGGAAUACUGAUGCAAUGGUGGAAUGGAUUAUCUGGUAAUUUAAAAACGCAAUUGGAAUUUAGUCAUAUAACGGUGGGAGCGAUAUUUUGAUGGGUUUUUGUUAGUUUGUGAUGAUGGUUUGCUUUUUGGGAUGUUGAAAUAAGAAAGGCGCCGAAUUCCUGCUAUGAGCACUUAUUCAGUUGGUUUAGUUAGAAGGAAUACAUACUUUCGAUUGGGUUCGAGGAGGGAAGUAUGGAGCCUCUAUGCGAGUUUUGCGGGGUGGCGAGGGCAUUGGUGUAUUGUAAAUCAGAUUUGGCUUGCCUUUGCUUUCCCUGUGAUGGGUGUGUACAUUCAGCCAAUUCCUUGUCCCGUAGGCACAUGCGUUCUCUUUUAUGUGAAAAGUGCUACUCCCAACCUGCAAUUGUGCGAUGCAUGGAUGAUAAAAUGUGUCUUUGUGAAGGCUGCGACUGGAAUGGCAAUGAGUGUUCAAGGUUGGGGCAUCGGCGUCAGCCAUUGAACUGUUAUACAGGUUGUCCAUCUUUGGCAGAGUUCUCAAGGAUUUGGCCUUCACUCCUUGAUAUGCCUCCUUCGAGUGCUUUUGAUACUGCUUGGGAGUGUGUGAGUGCGCUACCUAUAGAUGAGAAUUGCAUCAGUGACUGUUUGGACCUAAGAGAUAAUGAGGGGCCAUUUGGGUUGGUAGCAAGCAAGCCGAAUGAACUAGAACCUUGCUCUAAGCUUGAUCCUUGGAUGGGGUUGUCAUCUGUGAUUCCACCAAAUGCAAAUUGCAUGCCAUUCUGCAGAGAUCAGACACCUUUCUUCCCUGAAGAAUUGAGUUUGCCAAAGGAUGCUUCCAAUUUCAAGGAUCUUGGAAUUCAUGAUUGUGAUGAUCUUUGUGAAGGUCUCAACAGUGUUGAUGUUCCAUUAACCUUAAAAAAUGGUGAGAUAGUUGGCUGUCCACAAGCUCUUACCGGAUACCAGUUCAAGGAUGGAGGAAUGGAAUGCCUAUCAACGGAGAAAAACUUAUCAGUCACUGAAUCUAAUGGUCCUAUUGAGAGUGCUUUGGAGGCAUCUUCAUCUGGCCAACAAGAUUGUGUGGCCUUUAAAACUUCUCAUGUUGGUGGGUCAAAUAGCAUGAUGCAGACCUUGAAUGGUGGCACAGAUUACUUACCUCUGAAUCAUACGUGUGCUGGGAACAUCAAUCUGGGGUUUCCUACAGGGCAAGUUCAUUCGAGCAUAUCACUGUCAUUAUCCAACAUCACCGGUGAAAGUAGUGCAGCUGAUCAUCAAGAUUGUGGACUAUCACCAGCAUUUCUAACAGUUGAAUCACCUUGGGCAUCAAAAGCAAGGGAUAAAGCUAAGAUGAGAUAUAAUGAAAAAAAGAAAAGUCGAACGUUUGGUAAACAAAUAAGAUAUGCCUCGCGUAAAGCCAGAGCUGAUACUAGAAAGCGCGUGAAAGGAAGAUUUGUGAAAGCAGACAACAGAUACUCAGUUGGAAGAUACAAAAUGACGAAGAAUAAUCAUGUGAAACCUUUAGUCCACUACCUUCUGCGUAGCAUAAUGUAGACCCUCCUCUUGUUUUUGCUUAAUUCGUUUCUGUUAUCUUUGUUGCAUUAUAUAUUUAAGCAGUUUAGAAUCACACUGGUUACAAAUCCUCUUUAAAUAUUUGCCCAAAGUUAAAUACUCCAAUACAGAGAGAGACAUGUGAUCUCACAACAUUUAAUGCUGUCCCUACA